AUGGAGAGGCAAACCUCGUUCCAGGCGGGCGAGGUGGAUGGGAGCAACGAGGGGGUGAGCGAGACCAUUAGGAUUGGCGCUGCCAAGAAGACCGGUGGCCGCCUGGGCACCGUCUACUUCGCCGAUUCCCGAUUUAGGGACAAUGCCAAUGCCGACCCCGCUCAGAAGCAUCAGGUCGCCAAAUGGCGAAUGAAGCAGCGCAUGAAGACGGUGAGCGUGGCCUUGGUGUGUUGCCUCAAUAUUGGCGUCGACCCGCCCGACGUCAUGAAGCCUUCUCCCUACCCCUUCUCGCAGUCGUCUGCCAAGGCGCUCGAGCAAAUCGGCAAGAACCUCCAGCAGCAGUACGAGCGAUGGCAGUCACGGAGCCUCGACCCGACGGUGGAGGAGGUGAAGAAGCUGUGCGUGUCGUUGCGGCGCAAUGCCAAGGACGAACGCGUGCUGUUCCACUACAACGGACACGGCGUGCCCAAACCGACAUCGAACGGCGAGAUCUGGGUGUUCAACAAGAACUACACGCAGUACAUCCCGCUCUCCAUCUACGAGCUGCAGACCUGGAUGGGAAGCCCCUCGAUCUACGUGUUUGACUGCUCGGCGGCCGGCCUCAUCAUUCAAUGGUUCAACCACUUUGCCGAGCAGCGCGUCAAGGAGCGGGAUCAGGGCUCCUCGCAGGGCGUCGUGGUCAAGGACUACAUCCUCCUCGCCGCCUGUGCUGCCGAUCAGAUCCUGCCGAUGAACCCGCAGCUGCCGGCGGACGUGUUCACCUCGUGUCUGACGACCCCGAUUAAGAUGGCGCUGCACUGGUACUGCCAGCACACGAUGAUCAAGGACGUCAACACCGACCUCAUCGACAAACUGCCCGGUCGGCUCAACGAUCGACGCACCGCCCUCGGCGAACUCAACUGGAUCUUCACGGCGGUGACGGACACGAUCGCGUGGAACGUGCUGCCGAAGGACCUGUUCCAGAAGCUGUUCCGACAGGACCUCCUCGUGGCGUCGCUGUUCCGCAACUUCCUGCUGGCCGAGCGGAUCAUGCGGUCGGCCAACUGCACCCCGCUCUCCUACCCGGCCCUCCCGCCCACCUUCCAGCACCCGAUGUGGAACGCGUGGGACCUCGCCGCCGACAUGUGCCUCGCCCAGCUGCCCGACCUCCUCGCCGACCCCGCCACCGAAUACCAGCACUCGCCGUUCUUCACGGAACAGCUGACGGCGUUCGAGGUGUGGCUCGAGUUCGGCUCGGAGACGAAGAAGCCGCCGGAGCAGCUGCCCAUCGUGCUGCAGGUCCUGCUCAGCCAGGCGCACCGUCUGCGCGCGCUGGUGCUUCUGGCGCGGUUCCUGGACCUCGGGGCCUGGGCCGUCAACCUGGCCCUGUCGGUCGGCAUCUUCCCCUACGUGCUCAAGCUCCUGCAGAGCCCCGCCGUCGAGCUGCGGCAGACGCUGGUCUUCAUCUGGGCCAAGAUCCUGGCCCUCGACAAGUCGUGCCAGCUCGACCUCGUCAAGGACAACGGACACAACUACUUCCUCAACGUGCUCGCCUCGGCCAGCAUCCCCUCCGACCAGCGCACCAUGGCCGCCUUCGUCCUCGCCGCCAUCUGCGAGAACUGCAGGCCGGGCCAAUCGGCGUGCCUGAACGGCAAGCUGGUGUCGAUCUGUCUGGCGCAGAUCAACGACCCCGACCCGCUGCUGCGGCGAUGGAUCGCGCUCUGCAUGGCCAAGCUCUGGGAGGGCUUCGACGAGGCCAAGUGGGCCGCCCUCAGGGACGGCGCCCACAAGCGGCUCUGCUCCCUCCUCACCGAUCCCGCGCCUGAGGCGCGCGCGGCAGCUGUGUACGCGUUGGGCACGUUUAUGGGCGGUGCGUCGGGCUCGGAACAGCGGAAGAACGUGGAGCUCAACCUCGCGGUCACGCUGCCCGUGGUGACGGCCGACGGCAGCCCCAUGGUCCGCAAGGAGCUCAUCGUCGCCCUCUCCCGCCUCGUCUUCUCCUACGAGGCGGCCUGCAAAGAGGUGGCGUUGGAGCUCCUGCAAGAGGAGGCCAAGCAGGCGGAGCAGCUGCAGAGGGACUCGGCCCUCAAGAAGAAGGGCAACAAGAAGACCCCGUUGCGCGCCAGCGUGAGCACCGAGCCGGAGAGCCCCACCGACGAAGACUACAUGUCCAAGCAACAGAGCUCGGUGUACGGAUGCGUGUGGAAGAUGAUACUCACCCUCGCCGCCGAUCCCUUCCCGGAACUGGCCUCCAUGGCCCGGCACAUCGUGUCCCACAUCCACCGACAGCUCCAGACCGAUAUUUCCACGGCCGCCGUCCCCAGUCCCCGCACGCCCGUCCACCACCUCCUGCGACGAUACGCCGAAAGCCCCUCCCAGAUCCUCGGUCGCUCGCCCAUGUCGGCGCGUCGGACGGGUCAAGUCAGCAUGACCCAGUCGGGACAGACGCCGGUGGUCGCGGAUCGGGCUUUGGGCAUGCGCAAGACCCUCUCCGUGGAGGACCUCGCCUCCAUGGGACCCUCCGCCGCCUCCUCCACCGAACCCACCGCCUCCUCCCUCCCUCCGCUCUCCUCCAUCGAGCUCCAAUCGCAGUUCUACGAUUGGUCGUGCGAGCACUUCUCGCGACCGAUGAUGAAGGACGUCGACGACCCAUCGAGCCCGACCAACGCCGUCCGGCAGUGGCGGCACCGGAAGCACCACGCUUCCCUCGCCGAAGCUCGCACCACACGCGACAAGAAAGUCAAGUUGGACGAGCAGAUCGCAAUUUUGGACAACGAAACGGAGAUGGCAUCGCUGCUGCUGUUCCACCCGCUGGACCCGCUGCUCAUCGCCACCGACAACAAGGACACGGUCAAAGUGUGGAACUGGGUGGAGAGCCGCGCCGAGUCGGCCUUCAGCAACGGCAACCCGCCCGGCACGCGCAUCUCGGCCAUGGCCCUGGUCAACCCCUACGACGACUCCAUGCUCCUCACCGGCACCAACAACGGCGUCGUCCGCGUGUGGAAGAAUUUUGCCGACCGCGACGAGGGCCAGCCCCAGAUGAUCUCCUCGUGGACCGCGCUGCCGGACAUGAUCCCGCGCGUCGGCCCCGGCAUGGUGCUCGACUGGCAGCAGCAGACCGGCAUGCUCAUGACCUCGGGAGACGUCGGCAUCGUCCGCGUGUGGAACAUGGAGCGCGAGCUCGCCAUCCAGGACAUGGCGACGGGGUCGGACUGCUGCGUGACGUCGAUCGUCUCGCAGACGGGCAACGCACAGGUGCUGGUGGCCGGCUGCGCCGACGGGGCCAUCCGGCUGUUCGACUGCCGCGUACCCACGCGCUACAGCCCCGUGGUGGUGUUCCAGGAGCACAAGGACUGGAUCGUCAAUAUCGGCAUCACCGCCCACGACCACCAGAUCGUGUCCUGCACCCUCUCCGGCGAGGUCAAGUUCUGGGACGCGCGCAAGUCCAUCUCCUACAGGACGUUCUCGACGCGUACGGGGGAUGUGACGGCCUUUGCGGUGCAUCCCUACGCGCCGAUCAUCGCCAGCGGCUCGCAGGGCCAGAAGAUCCACGUGCAAGACUUUGAAGGGCUCGAGCUCAACCAGAUCCGAUACCACGAGGGCUUCCUCGGCCAGAGGAUCGGCCCCGUCUCCUGCCUCGCGUUCCACCCGUUCCGGAUGUAUUUGGCGGCGGGCGCUACGGACUCGAUCCUGUCGAUCUACACACACGCACACAACAAGACCUACUACGAGUAG